AUAGGCGGGUGAGUGACAGGCCGGGCGGUAGCAGCAGUAGAGGAGUAGAGGAGGAGAGUUUGCACUGUAUCCUACUGUGCAUUAGUGUGAUUCACUGAGCAUUUAAACGGCAGUCCGUUCGCACUUUAUCCACGGAGCGCCGUUUCGGAAAUGGCAUUUCUGGACGCCGUGUGAACACGUGCACGACUUUACCAAAAGGAACGGGAGAGAGGGGGGACGGGAGUAAACUCGUGCUGAGCCGGGGUAAAUGAAUGCACACAGUCCCGGGUAGACAGAGCUAUGGAGAACGAGGCGGUGAGUUGCGAGGACGUGCAGAAGAGCGGUUAUCUCCGCAAGCAGAAGUCCAUGCACCGGCGCUACUUCGUGCUUCGGGUGGCUUCGGAACGCGGUCCGGCCCGCCUCGAGUACUACGAGAGCGAGAAGAAGUUCCGCAGCGCGAAAACAGCCGCACCAAAGCGCAGCCUGGCUUUGGAUACCUGCUUCAACAUCAACAAACGCGCCGACGCCAAACACAAACACAUGAUAGUGCUUUAUACCCGAGCCGAGAGCUUCGCCGUGGCUGCCGACUGCGAGCAGGACCAGGACGAGUGGUACCGAACACUGCUGGAGCUCCAUUGCAAGAGUAAAUCACUCUCUGUUGGUAAUUCUGAAGAUUAUGGAGUACCAUCCCCUGGCCCUGCCUUUAAAGAGGUCUGGCAAGUAAAGGUUUGGCCCAAAGGUCUUGGCCAGGCCAAAAACCUAGUGGGUAUAUAUAGACUUUGCCUAACAGAAAAGACAGUCAACUUUGUCAAGCUCAACUCAGAUGCGGCAGCGGUCGUUCUACAGUUGAUGAAUGUAAGGCGUUGUGGCCACUCCGAGAACUUCUUCUUUGUGGAGGUUGGAAGAUCGGCAGUGACCGGGCCUGGAGAGUUCUGGAUGCAAGUGGAGGACUCAGUUGUGGCCCAGAACAUGCAUGAGUCUCUGCUUGAAGCAAUGAAGGCUCUUAGUGAGGAGUUUAGUCAGCGCAGUAAGUUACAGUCGACGCCAGGAGGAGCAGGGGGAGGUUCUACUGCAUCGAAUCCUAUCAGUGUUCCAUCUCGCCGUUACCACCCAAAUCCUCCGCCCAGCCAAGUGGGAUUCGUUAGACGACCUCGUACAGAGCCACCAGGAGGAACCGGAGGAGGUGGCAACAGCAACAAUGCAUCACCUACCCCUCGGCAUAGCUUUUCAAGAGCUCGUACAUCCAGUGAUGGAGCCAAAAUAGAGGACACCGUAAGAGGAGGCUCAGUAGGUGUCAGUUCUAGUUCAAGUCCAACCCCAAAUGGGUCUUGCUCCAACACACCUAUUCUUAGGUCUACCUCUGUACGUGAAACCAUACCUGUCAAGGCCCAGCAUGCUCUGAUGAGGUCCAUCUCCACGCCAGCCCCUACAGCUGCGCAGAACCUUUCCUCCAGUUCAGGCCAUGGGUCUGAAUUUGGGGACACUAGUUCUGGAACAGCUGGAAGUUGUUGUGGGGGUGAUGAAAAUGGAGGCAACUACACUCGAAUUCCUCUCCGCCAGCCAUCAAUUUCUGGUUCACUUAGUGACUAUGCUUCCUCAGAUGAAUAUGGUUCCAGCCCAGGAGAGCACCCUCUUUUGCAUCAAGCCAUCCAGACAGGGUCUGUAGAAAGCUCAGGUGGGGAUGAAGCAACCAACUAUAUCCUAAUGGCACAGAAAGGAGCGUCCAAAUCAUUGUCAGCGGAUAACACUCUACCCCAGAGUAAAAGGGUACUGCGGCGCUCUUCUAGUCGGGAAUGUGAAACUGAACGAAAACCGAUCAGUAAAAGGGCAUCUUUGCCACCCAUGUCUCUUGAAAGACUCCCCUCUUACCGCAGAGGAGGUGAUGUAGAGAUAGAGGAAGACAACUAUGCUAUUAUGUCUCGAAGCACCAGUCGUGAGUCUUUUAGCUCUCGUCAUGAUUCAGAAUCAAGUACUAGUGGAACCAGAUAUCUAGAUGUAUCUGCAGAGUCCAAAGGUGAAGCAGGACAUAUGGAACAAGAUACAGUGGCCAUUCCCGAUGGUGGUAAAGCGGGAGGUGACAAUGGGUAUAUGUCUAUGUUGCCUGGGGUUACGGCUCCUCCAGCUUCCUUCUCUCACUCAUUGUCUGUAUCAGUGUCCGACUCUGAUUCUAAACCUGCAGAUGACUACAUGGCCAUGACUCCUAACAGCAGUAUCUCACUUCCUCAGCAGAUUCAUCUUCCUACUUCCGGCAAGGAUGGCUAUAUGAUGAUGUCACCAAAUAACAGCUGUUCCCCAGACCAGCGAGCUUGGGUUGGCAGGAACAGCGCAGACAGUAGGACUGGCAGUGAUUAUAUGAACAUGUCACCUCUAAGUGUCCGUUCUGCAAACAGUACUCCACCUCCUAAUGAGUCACCAUCUGAGAAGCAUGCUCAACAGCCUCCUCCAAAAAUGAUAUACUCGUACUACUCCCUGCCUCGUUCUUAUAAGCACAGCAGCCCUAAACGCUUUGAGGAUGGACCAGGACGAGGAAAGCACCUGGGCAGUAAAAAUGGAAUUGGUGGACGAGCCCCUGGCAGUUUUAUGGGUACAUCUCAGCAUCAAGAACCUGGAGAGGGACGCCACCUUUCCCUUUCCUCUUCAUCGUAUUCAUCAAGUUCAGCUAGCAGUGAAAGUCUGGGGGAGGGUGAAGAGAAACUCAACAAGGUAAGGUCUGUCUCCGGGGCUAGAGUAAAGGAUAUUGGGGCACUGCAGCAAAGACAGGGUUCUGGGGUGGCUAAACAGAGCCAAAGGAAUCGUCCUCGCAGCUUGUUUGUGGAUGUCUCUAAAGCCAACACAUUGCCCAGAGUCCGUGAGACGCCACUACCCCCUGAGCCGAAAAGCCCUGGUGAAUAUGUCAGCAUUGAGUUCAAGAGUGAAAAAAACAAUAAAGAAGGACUAAGUGGAAAUAGAAAACCUAAGCAAGUUGCCUCUGUUCCUCCCAGUUCACAUCGACCCUUGCCCAGACCCUCUUCUUGUGUUGCUGUGUUCCUACCGCUGCCCUCAAGCCCGUCUACUGGUAUACCCCAAGCUGGUGUUUCUGAGUAUGUAAAUAUGGAGCUUGGUGCUUCUCCUUCCUCUUCUACAUCAUCAUUUCCCCUUACACCUCUUACACCCCUUGGUUUCCCUUCUUUUUCAACAUCUUCAACCCCACCUGCAACUGAAGCAAAAACCUGGGAAGAUUGUAGGUCAACCCCGAAACAUGAAGAAGAGGCUAAAGCAGAGAUGGGACAUACCAGACAAGGAUCAGUCUCUCAGUCAGUUGACUCCACUAUACCAUGCACAGACUACACAGAAAUGGUCUUUGGUCUCAGCUCAGACAUGAACUCCAACACACCUAAAGACACUUUACCAGACCAAAUUGAAGCUGUAGGUCCUGCUCUGAGCAUGGGUCUUAAUUUAGACUUUCCACUGUCCAAAGUCCCCAACCCAGACCGCGGUGCUAAAGUAAUCCGAGCAGACCCUCAAGCUCGCCGGCGCCACUGUUCGGAAACUUUUCAAGCCCCUCCUUCACUGUCCACAUGCCCCAUAAACUCCUCCUCUUCCAUCCCUAUCAUCAGUGAGCACACCCAAGCUAUAGCACGCCACCUUGGUUUAGACAGCAUUUUAAAUGCCAAUGGCACUUUGCUAGACAGCCCAUUUCAGCACGCCAACCCUGGACUAACCAGCACACCAACUACCCAGACGUCAUCUUUGGAGCAAGGGCUCAACUACAUAGACUUAGACUUGGCUACAAGGGAGAGCCCACACCCUGCCAUGGACGUGCAACCUGCUGGCCAAACAGCACGACUCUUCUCAUCUGUAUUGGGUUGUGGAGCUUCUGGAAGCGGUGGAGCAACAGGAGGUCCAAGCGGCAAUGUUUUAAAUCUGAACACAUACGCUAGUAUUGACUUCUACAAGUCAGAGGAACUACGCUCACAACAAGGCAGCAACAGCAGCAAAGAUGGUACAGAAUGUUGAUGUCUUGUCCUGGUUCUCUUCAAACCUCAGAAAUCAAGCCAUGGAUACUUCUCUUACAGAGCAACUGUCAAACAGAAAAUCGGGAGACGAAGGUCCAGGUCCAACAUGCCUCUGAAGCACUUUGGAAAAAGACCAUUACAAAUCAUUUCUGGUUUUAGUUUGACUUGUUGCAGCAAUCAAUGGAUGUUUGUGCCAAAAGACUGGAGAGCAUGUACUCUUCUGGCUUCUUCGCUGAAAUAUUCAAAUACUGAAGUUGGAAAGAAGAGCAUGUGUCGACCUGGAGCCAAUGAGAUCUCAGUGUUAACAGUUUUGGGUCAAAAUACUUGAGAAAGGAAUCAAUCAAAAAUGGCUGAACUGAAGGCUCACAACCCUUUAAUUAUAUAGUUUAUAAAAGUGCCUAUUUUUGACUGUAGAUAUUUGCCAGAAUAUUAGCUUGAGUUUGACUGAAAAACUGCCAUGAGGUUUUAAAAAAAGCUUUAAACUGACGGGGGAGGGUUAAACUCCAGGAGACAGAUUCCCUGGGUGGUACUAAAGUGUGAAUGAUUUAAUGAUGACGUGUAAGAUGAUAAUAAUGAGAUGAUUAUGAUGAUGCUCAAAGAGCUGUUAAUGUGAUGUUAAUUAGUAUAGCAGCAAGCUAAAUUAUAUUAUCCUGCCCCAC